GUAGAACUCGCCGUAUCUGUGUGAUUUCAACGUAGAGGCACCUGACGAAUCGUAUCAUACAUACACUUCAGCCUCGUUCUUCUCAUGAGUCUUGAUUUUUAGCAGGCUCUUCCCAUUUUCUCUCUACAAGUUACUUCUUUCAUAUUCCCUACAGCAGCCCAGGCAACCGCAGGCUCGGCACCACUCAAAUGCCUUCAGCCAUCGUCAGCAAUGGCACUGGCCAUCAUGAUUCACUCUGUGAUGGGAGAGACGACAUAUAUGAGUCAACUUCCCAAAGUGACUCAAUUCCUCCUCAUCCACUAGGACUCAAGCCAUUAGGCAACCAGUAUUUCUUUACGGGUCGCAAUGCGAGGCGCUCAAUUGGGAGCUGGAGAAUUCUGCCAGACGAGGUUAUCUCGCUUGUACUAGAGCAGUUUGAUGCUGCGGCUCUUUUGAAGCUUGGCCACACCUGCAAAUUCUUAUACGCCUUUUGCCACUCCGAUGAAUUCUGGAAGCCUAUCUUUCUCCGGUCACCACCACCAGAUAGCAAGGAUAUCCGAUGGCAAGGAUCAUGGAGAUCAACUGUUUUAGGUUUGCCCAGUGACCAAGGGACCAAAAUCGACUGCAGCAGUGUCUUCUCAGAUGUCCUUCACCGGCCAUUUGCCUGCAGUCAUGUCAUUCUUACCCGGUUCACCUCGCAUAUUCCCAAGGCAAACCAGAUCCGUCGCUUCGAGGACCUGACUCACGAUCAGUAUGCUGAGAAAUGGACUGAGCAGCCAUUCGUACUUACCAAUUGCAUUCAAGAAUGGCCAGUAUAUGAGCAGUGGACUAUAGAUAGCAUGCUCCAGAUGUAUGGCAAAGUCGAGUUUCGUGCUGAGGCUGUUGACUGGCCAUUCGCAACCUAUCACACAUACAUGAAGAACAACAGCGACGAAAGCCCUCUGUAUCUCUUUGACCGGAGAUUUGCAGAAAAGAUGGGUAUCAGAGUCGGUAAGAAGCCAGGCACUGCAUACUGGAGACCAGACUGCUUUGGUCCUGAUCUGUUCGAGGUUCUUGGAGACGAACGCCCUGCCCAUCGAUGGCUGAUUGUCGGCCCCGAGCGAAGUGGCUCAACCUUCCACAAAGACCCCAACGCAACGAGUGCUUGGAACGCUGUAAUUCAGGGAUCCAAGUAUUGGAUAAUGUUCCCACCAGCUACACAGGUCCCCGGUGUUUACGUUUCUGAUGACAGCAGCGAAGUCACCAGUCCCCUUAGCAUCGCGGAAUGGCUUCUCACUUUUCAUGAAGAAGCACGGCAACUUCCUGACUGCGUCGAGGGUAUUUGCAAAGCCGGGGAGAUCCUUCAUGUUCCCAGCGGAUGGUGGCAUCUGGUGGUCAAUCUCGAGAGCGGCAUUGCACUUACGCAGAACUUCGUGCCACAAAGCUUAAGCCUUGUAUCAGAAGUUGUUUCCUUCCUGCGGGACAAGGCUGGCCAGGUCAGUGGAUUCGAUGAUAAGGUCGCGGACCCUUUUCAACUCUUCGUGGAGAGAAUGAAGAGCAGCUAUCCGAAAUUUCUGGACAAAGCCCUGGACCUGGCCGACACGAAGAGCGGCAAAAAACGUAAAUGGGAUGCUGCUGUUGGUGGAAUAGACCAUGAACAAGAGCAGAAAGGAGGUGAUGGUUUCAGUUUUGGUUUUGGCGGCGAUGGUGAUGAUAUAGAAAUACCCUAGAAAGACUCACCCUUUCUAUCCUUGUAAUUCGAUCCAAGUUAGCGACUUAUGACUCCUUUCCUAGGUAGAAGCGAAAUAUGGGGGAGUUCGCCGAAGCCAGCCUCCCCAUCCUGCAAGACAUAACAUCAAGAGCUGUGAUACGCUCGGCAACCAUCGAGUAGUAACCGGAGUUGCGACUAUGAGCCUAAUGUAAUCGGGCAAUUGGCAGCUAAAUGAUGAACGAAGAUCUGUACAAUGAUCAACUCUAGGUACCUAUAUAUAUUGCAUGAAUGGGGCGCCUGAGAGUCAGACAUAAUGUGUUGUUCACUAGAACUGAAACAUCUAUACUUAUUGUUACGAUUAGACUCUUACUCAGCC